CGCCGCCGCCGCGCGGCCCGGCCCGGCCAUGGACACGAGCGACCUCUUCACGAGCUGCAAGAAGGGCGACGUGGGCCGCGUGCGAUACCUUCUUGAGCAGCGGGAUGUGGAAAUCAAUGUCCGCGACAAAUGGGACAGUACCCCGCUGUAUUAUGCCUGCCUGUGCGGACAUGAAGAGCUCGUACGCUAUCUUCUAGCCAAUGGAGCAAAAUGUGAGGCAAACACUUUUGACGGGGAGCGUUGUUUGUAUGGAGCUUUGAGUGACACCAUCCGGCGCCUGCUGAAGGAGUACAAGCAGAUCACUGCAAAGUGCAUGAAGAGAGACUAUUACGAUGUCUUCCUACAGCGGUUGCUGGAACAGGGCUAUCAAAGCGACAUUGUUUUCAUUGUCCAUGGCAAAUCUUUCUGUGCCCAUCGCUGCAUCCUCAGCGCUCGCAGCGCCUACUUCGCUGAAAUGUUUGAGACCAAAUGGAAGGGGAAGAACAUGAUAGUGUUGAAGCAUCCGCUGAUCAAUCCAGCAGCUUUUGGCUCCCUUCUGCAGUAUCUGUACACAGGUCGUCUUGACAUUGAUGUAGAAUAUGUGAAUGAUUGCAAGAGAUUAGCCAAGCAGUGUCGGCUGCAGGACCUCAUCGAUGAUUUGGAGACCAAGUGUAAAAAAGUCUAUGAAUUUGUCUCUUCCAAGCCAGGGACCUGUGUGAAAGUGCUGACGAUUGAGCCCACAGGUAACUGCCGGCUGCAGGAAGAUCUGGCUCUUCUAGCAGACUGCGCCCUGCCAGCUGAACUGCGGGUUGGUUUCGGGGAGUUGCCCUUUGACAGCACCGACAACUUUAACAGCUGUUCUGAUGUGUGUUUCCGAGUGGCAGAUUAUAACUUUCUGUGUCAUAAGGCAUUUUUCUGUGGUCGCAGCGAUUAUUUCAAAGCCCUCCUUGAAGACCAUUUCUGUGAGAGUGAAGAGCUGCAGACGCAGCCCAGUAUCCCUGUAGUGACUCUCCACAACAUCACAGAAGAUAUUUUCAUCCGGGUCCUCUACUACAUCUAUAGUGAUGACACUGAGCUCUCACCAGAGAACGCCUACGACGUGCUGUGCGUGGCAGACAUGUACCUGCUGCCCGGGCUGAAGCGCCUCUGCGGCCGGGCCUUGGCCCAGAUCCUCGACGAGGACAACGUCGUCAGCAUCUGGAGAAUCGCAAAGCUCUUCCAGCUGACCCGGCUGGAGGACCAGUGCACGGAGUACAUGGCCAAGAUCAUCGAGAAGCUGGUGGAGCUGGAGGAGUUUGUGGCCGCGGUGAAGGAGAACGCGGAGGCCGUGGAGGAGCGGCAGGAGACCGACUCCAUCCCCCUGGUCGACGACAUCCGCUUCCACAUCACCAGCAACGUGCAGACUUACAGCGCCAUCGAGGAAGCCAACCAGAAACUGGAAGCUCUGGAGAACCUCCUGGCCAGUAUAGGGCUCGAGUGCUGAUGUGCGCAAACCCUGCCUGGCCUCUGCAGCCCUCCACAGUGAGCACACCCCGAGUGCAGGAACAUCUGAGUAUCUGAAUGUCCCUUUUCCCUCUCCCUUGUCCUCCAUCCCAUCCACUUCCAGGCAUUGUUUUUUUAAUUUAUUUGUCUGGACAUUUGCAUGUCUGGUUUGUGUUUGGUUUUAUUCUGGUUUUGUUUCUCCUUUCAGAAGUAGCUCCCCAAGCACAGCCCAGUUCAGUAGCUGCCGCUUGCACGAUACAGAGCGGGUAAACUGGGGGUCACUGGGAUGAAGGGAGCUGCUGUGGGGAACUUGCUGCUUCCCUGCGUAAGGACCCAUCCUCUCCUGCUGUCCAACCACACUUCUCACCCAGGUACUUGUUGUGUUGCUACCAGCAGAGGCAGAAUCUGGAUUAAACUCCAAAUCAGCAAGGAGCUGGCCUUUCAUUCGCUGUCAGGGUUGUGUUACAGGGCAGGCAGGGCCUCCCUAGCAGGGAGGCAGGAGCACUUGGCUGUUUGGAAAGAGCUGUUGUCACCUGCUGUUGUGGUACUUAGGUGAAAAACACCACCUGAUUUCCUGUCUUCCCUAGCUCCUUGAUGCCUUCAAGUGCUGGCAUUUGGAUUUGCACACCUAGGGGAGUGGCAAGACUCACGCUCUAAAAUUCCUGAGUUCUGGCAGAUGGACAGUUAUUUUUCCAUCAGGAGCAUAGGAGCGAUACGGUGUUUUCCAUGUGUGUGUGUGGUGCACAGGCUCAGAAAUUAAAAACUUUACUUUUUGAACACAAGUCUUUGGGAAUACAGCAGAGACCUUCUGUUCCGAGAAGGCAGUGACUUUUGAUGCACUAAAAAGGGUUCAGGAAGGUCCCCUUUUCGUCCUGGCAGGAGAAGGAAACACGUUCUCGGAAUUGGCUUGUGCUGGUAGAUGGGGGAAGAGGGGCCUUUGGGGCCUGUGGCAGGGCAGCUGUCCCGCUCCUUGACCCUCUGGCUUUGCUCAGCCUUGAGCCGUGUAGCUCUGCAGGGAACAGUUUGUGCGGUGGGUGCUGAGGAUUCUGUUCUGCAGCAGGUCGCGGUACCUCCUGGCUCCUGCUGAGGGGACGGGGCCCUGUGCGCCCGCGGUGCCCGCGCCGCUCCGGAGCAGCUGCCGGAGCCUCCAAGGCCGCGCAGGGCACGUGCCGCUGCGCUGGGAGCUGGGACGGGGAAAAGGGCUCGUGUGAGGCACGGGACCUGCUGCCGGCCCGUGUUGAUCCUCCUUUCAGUCACUUAGGAGGCAAGAGCCCAAAAUAACCUGGAAUGGGCACCUGGAAUGGAACCUG